AUGGCAAUAGUAUCCCAUCCGCAGUCCCACGCUGACUUGGAACCAUGGAACAAGGACCAGGAUACUGUCUACGCCCUCAACCGCGGCGACCUUACCAAAGAACGUGAGCGACUCGAGUACAAUCACAGGAGCAUCUUCCUCCUCGUUGCGGCGGGCUCUGUCCCUAGCAAAUCUCGACACAUCUUAAGGAUCAGCAGAACCCUCGCGUUGCAGAAAUUGCCACCGGCACCGGCAUCUGGCUGA